AUGGAUAAAUCGCCAACAAAAACAAAUGAGCCAAUAGUUUUUCAUAGAAUUCGCCGCCAUUCCACACAACCUACAGUACCCAUAAAAGGUGCGUCUCUAACUUUUUUGUUUGCAAAUAUAAAUACAUCACAUCUGUUUCAAAAAUUAAAUAUAAAAAACAAUUGCGAAAUCUUUCUGCCAUUUAUAUUUUUGUCAAGUUUAUGAAGUGUUUUGGGUAAAAAUAUUUGGUUAAAGUUAAAGUUUUACCAAAUAUUUUUAGUGUAAAACAUAGAUUUGUUUUUAAAAAAAUUGAUUCGUGAAAUGUCGGAAAAUAACACUGAACAUUUUAUCGUAAUGAUGUUUUUUAACAUGCUUUUCUACCUGAAUCGCCUCAUUAUAUUAAAUAUAACAGUUUUAUUAAUUUUCAGUAAAUCGAGGUAUUCAUCAAUCUGAUGGAAUUGGUUCCCCAACUGAUCAAGCAUUUGCUCCGCCAGGUGUAGUCACCAAAAUCGAUUCGAUUCAAAAUAGAAAAAUAUCCAAAACUAUAAAGUUAGUUUCAAUUAUUUUUUUUCAAAUUUAUAAUAAUUUAUCUAAUGGGGCUAUUCAUGUUAUUUUUCAACGCUGAGAAAACGGGAGAAAAGCGGAGAAAACCUAUUCAGGUAGGCUGAGAAAAUACGAAAAAAGCGGAGAAAAUGUAUUUCCUCCGCAUUUCUCCUGUUUUCUCAACAUGCUGAGAAAAUACAUGAAUAGCCCCAUAAUUAAAUUUUGAUUUUAUUUUUUUCAGCUACAAAAGAAUGAUCUGUACAAACUGCCACAAUAAAACAAACUGUUUCUGUAAAAAAUGUACAAUGGAAAAAUGUGAGUUUUUUGGGAGCGUAACUAUUGAAAAAUGAUUCAGAACAUUUUUUUGGAAAUGAGCAAAUCACAGACAAAAUUUUCACGUUUCAAUUUUAUAUUUUAAAAAUGAAGAUUUAAAAUUCAUUUCGAAUUAUUCGUCGACACGAAAAAUAUCAACAAUCAAUCUAGAUUUUUUCCAGUGAAACUGUAUUCAAGAAAAGAAAACGUGAAACUGAAAAAUGAUGAAAAGAACAAAUUGCUCAAAGAAAUUAUGGAAUAUGAAGAAGUUCCGGUGAGAUUGAUUUUCUGAAGAAAUAAAAAUAAUCGAAUUUUUUUCAGACAAAUCUCAAAAAUGAAAUAGCUAAACAUUUGGAUAAAAUAAUUCGAUUGAGAAAGAAAAUUGAAAAUGCUGAAAUGAGAAUUGCAAUGAAACAAGUGGAAUUGGAAAAAGAGGAUGAUAAAAAGAAGAAUAUAUUCACACACAAAGAUUUUAAGGUAACUUAUCUCUUUCCCACUCUGAUUUAGAAAUAAUUAUUAAUUUUUCUAGGAAAGUUUUGCCAGUCAAAAUCGAGGAAUUGAAAGAUUGAAAGAAUCAAAAAAUCAUCGAUUGAUAUAUCUUUCACAAGCUGAAAAAGCUCUCCAAAUCCAAAGAAGAAAAUAUUGUGCGUUGGCUUGUUGCCUUUUUCCAGUUCGAGAAUAUGAUGUUGAAGUUGAAGGCAAUUUGGUAACAAAUAAUUCGAAUACUUGGGCUGUUGUUAGUGAAUCAACUUCAAUUCAAGGAAGAGCUUUUUAUGUAAGAUUCAAUGUUUAUUUGUUCACUUGAAAGUUUUUAUGGAAUAAUUUUGCAGGUUCGUUCAUCAUUAAUUAAUGACAAACAUCGAAUGCGAUUAACAACAUUUCUUCCAAAUGGAACAGUUUGCCUUCCAGGAGAUCUUCAUUCACCUUUUGCUGCCAUAACAUAUACUGUACAAUUAGUGCAUUUAUUCAAUUUGAUUUUCAAUUUUCGACCACCUGUUCAAGUAUGUUUUUCAAUAGAUAUUAUAUUAUUUCAAUUUUAAUAUUUUUCUAGAUUAAUCAUCGUGAUAUUUGUGUGCGAGAUCGUUGGCCAAAAGAAGUAAUUGGACAAGAUUGGUUAACUAUUUGUGAUUCGAUAAUUUAUUUAUGUUCAUAUGUUGGAAUUGAUACAAAAAAGUUGAAAUAUUCGACGCCACAUGCAAAUCUUUGCGAAUUCACUAAUUAUAUUAUUCAAAGACAAGGCGAUAUUUCAAAACUUGGAGCUAAACCUCUUCAUGAUUUGGUUGCUGUUCAUAAAAUGUUAACAACUCAACGCCCUGAAGUUGCAAUUCGAAAAGAAGAAGAAGAUGAAUCAUGGAUAUUUGUUGAUUGA